AUGCCCAUCUUUUUCUACGUUUUCCUUUUCUAUCUUAUCUCAAUUUGUAUAGAUUCCGGCGCCGGCGCCACCGUCAACAACCGGCGGACGCUGCACCAACCUUUCUUCCCACAAGACUCACCUGGGGUGCCGCCGGCGUCAUCAUCUGAUGUCCCUUUUACUCCUAAUAACCCCACCGAUGCUUCAACCCCACCUAAUGACCAGCCGUUUUUUCAAGCGUUUCCAUCUCCGCCACCUCCUCUGCCGUCGACAUCGACUCCCUCCGCCUCUUUUCCCGCUAAUAUAUCUUCUCUCAACCUUCCGAUUUCUCCGAAAUCGAAACCGGUUUCUUCUAAACUCAUUGCGACGGCGGUUACUCUCGUCAUUGCUGCCGCCAUUGUUAUAUCGGCGGUGGUUUACUUGCGAGUUCAGAAGCGGAGACGAUUUGAUCAGGAUUCUAGAUCUUUGAGCGAUGAAAAAACGUAUAGAUCCGAUAGUAGUAGCAGAGUAGUUGUUAGUUGUAAUGUUAAUAAUGGUGGCGGUGGCGGUGGUGGUGAUAAUAAUUUUAAUCGGAUUCCGAAGCUCAGUCGGCCGUCGCAAAGUAGCGCUGAAUUUCUUUAUCUUGGUACACUUGUGAACUCUCAUGGCGGAAUUGAUGCGACAAAUACAAUCGUCCGUGAAAAUCGCGGCGGCGGCGAUUUGAAUUUGCGAAAGAUGGAUUCGCCGGAGCUCCGCCCAUUGCCGCCGCUUGGUAGUGUCGGUGGUGGCGGAGGACGGAGUCAAAGUAUUCUUAGGAAUACUGGUUUUGAAAAUGUGGAGGUUGAAUCUUCUCGAGAUGAAGAAUUCGAGGAAUUUUACUCUCCGAGAGGGUCGAUCGGCACCGGAUCCGGUUCUAGAUCGGCGUUCGCUGCCGUGCCGGUGGAUAAUUAUGAAUCACGGAGGAUAAUCGGGUCGGGUUCUUCUUCUUCUUGCUCAUCAUCAAGUUCGGGUUCUCCGGCGAGGUCCGUUUCCUUAAGUAUUUCUCCGCCUGUGAGCUUGAGUCCGAUAAGAUCACGGCCGAAGUCGCCGGACCUUGUUGCAAUUCAAACUACUCCUCCACCGUCUAGCUUAGCUCCUCCGCCGCCGCCACCACCACCACCACCACCACCACCUCCACCUCCGCCACAGCCUUUGUUAAUCCCAUCUCUGAACAUCAGAUUAAGCAAAGACAGCUUAGAGUCAUCACCCAGAUCAUCAAAUUCAUCGAGUGAUCAAAACUCACCUCCUCCACCGGCCAGAAUUCCGCCACCACCACCGCCGCCGCCACCGAAGCACUGGGAAAGUCGAAGUCCCAGAACUCCAUUACCAAUUCCGUCGCAACAGUUGCUAAAACCACCAGUUUUAAUCAAGCCGGCAAGACCCACAUCGCUAAUCAACGAUCAACCACCGAUUUCUCCCAUGGAAUUGUUGCCGGAAAAUCAAGAAAAUCAUGAAACACCAAAACCAAAAUUAAAACCACUUCACUGGGAUAAAGUAAGAGCAAGUUCCGAUCGUGAAAUGGUGUGGGAUCAACUCAAAUCCAGCUCUUUUAAGUUAAAUGAGGAGAUGAUUGAGACAUUAUUUACUGUAAAAACCCCAAACUCGGCUAACUCGAACGAAACUUCUGCAACAAGACGCCCGAUUCUUCCGUCACCCACUAGCCUUGAAAACCGAGUUCUUGACCCCAAGAAAUCUCAGAACAUUGCAAUUUUACUUAGGGCACUCAAUGUGACAAUUGAGGAAGUUUGUGAUGCACUUUUAGAAGGCAAUGCAGAUACUCUUGGUACCGAGCUUCUUGAGAGUUUAUUGAAGAUGGCUCCAACGAAGGAAGAAGAACGAAAACUUAAAGAGUUUAAAGAUGAUUCACCUAUCAAGCUUGGGCCAGCGGAGAAGUUUUUGAAGGCGGUUCUUGAUGUACCGUUUGCAUUUAAAAGGGUUGAUGCAAUGCUUUACAUAUCCAAUUUUGAUUCGGAGAUUGAGUACCUUAAACGGUCGUUUCAGACUCUAGAGGUAGCAUGUGAAGAACUUCGAAACAGCAGAAUGUUCCUGAAACUUCUAGAAGCAGUUCUCAAGACCGGGAACCGCAUGAACGUCGGAACAAACCGUGGCGAUGCUCACGCAUUCAAGCUCGACACACUCCUCAAACUCAUUGACGUGAAAGGCACCGAUGGGAAAACAACUCUCUUGCAUUUCGUCGUUCAAGAAAUCAUCAAAAGCGAAGGGGCCCGCCUUUCCACCACCGACACCAACCCCGAAACUCCAAAAUCCGCAACCACCGAUGACACCAAAUGUCGGAAGCUCGGUCUUCAAGUCGUCGCAGGUAUCAGUUCCGAACUCUCGAACGUCAAGAAAUCCGCAGCCAUGGAUUCCGAGGUCCUUGAUAGUGAUGUCGUCAAACUCUCCAAGGGUAUCGCCAAUAUCACCGAAGUCGUUAGAUUAAUCGAAACAACACGAUCCGAAGGCGGAAACCAAACGAGAUUUUCCGAUUCGAUGAACGAGUUCAUAACGACGGCGGAGGAGGAGAUCAUCCGAAUUCAAGCGCAAGAAAGCGUGGCGCUUUCUUUAGUCAAAGAAAUCACCGAAUACUUCCACGGAAACUCAGCAAAAGAAGAAGCUCACCCGUUUCGAAUCUUUAUGGUCGUAAGAGAUUUCUUGACGGUCCUUGAUCGUGUCUGCAAAGAAGUCGGUUCGAUAAACGAGCGAAUCGUGAUCAGUUCGGCCCAUAAGUUUCCAGUUCCGAUAAACCCGACCCUGCCGCCGGUUUUUAGCGGAUUCCCGGGAAGACAACAAUAUAGUUCUUCAGACGACGAAAGUACCUCCUCGUUUCGAAUAUCGUCGUAGGUACAGGCAUUCUUGUCGUUUUCGUGGUGUUGUAUUCGUAUACGUAUAAGGUAGAAGAUUUUGAACAUUACUUUUGGCCUAUAGAUAUAUAACUCUAUAUAUAUAUAUAUAUAAAAUAUACAGAGGAGAUUUUGGAAGAAUAAGCACAUUUCUGUAAAAAAAGCUUCUUAAAGUUGUUCCGAUGCCAAGUUUGGAUGGCAUUAGAUUCUUUGUACCUGCAAUUCCUCUGUAAGAUAUAUAUGCCAUUUCUCUGAAUCUGAAUCUGAA